AACACACAGCGGCCGGCUGCAACAUUGCAAUAUUAUUCUUGCCAACAUUCCGCCAUAUUAUUAUUAUUAUAUAUUAUGAAAUUAAGCUGUACUGUGAGAGUGAUCCAGCUGAUAUAUAAUGGAGCUGCUCAAUCCAUGAUCGAUCAUCUCCUUAAUUAAUUAUUCCCUCACUUUCAUCAUCCUCUUCUUAAUUUGAACUUCAUCAACUCCCAUGGAGGCGACACCCAUCCAUCUCCUUCCCCUCUUCGCUGUGCUCUUCGCCCUCUUUCGCCUCUGCAAGCUGCUCCUCCGCCGGCGAGACCAAUGCUGCUUCAUGCUGGACUACGAGUGCUACAAGGCCACCGAAGAUCGCAAGCUCGACACCGAGCUCUGCGCAAACAUCAUCCUCCGCAACAAGAACCUCGGCCUCGAAGAGUACAAGUUCCUCUUGCAGACCAUCGUCAGCUCCGGCAUCGGCGAGGAAACCUACGCCCCCACAAACGUAAUCAUGGGCCGCGAAGAACGGCCCCUCCUCUCCGAUGCCCUCCAAGAGAUGGACGACAUCUUGUUCGAUACACUCGACAAGCUCUUCGCCCGUACCGGCAUCAACCCUGCCGACAUCGACAUUCUCGUCGUCAACGUCUCGUUGCUCUCCACUGUGCCGUCGCUCACCUCCCGGAUCGCCAACCGGUAUCGACUCAAGUCAGACGUGAAGUCGUUCAAUCUGUCCGGGAUGGGUUGCAGCGCCAGCGUGGUGGCGAUUGAUUUGGUGCAGCAUCUGUUCAAGUCCCAUAAGAAGGCAUUUGCAGUAGUUGUGAGCACGGAGUCGAUGGGGCCGAACUGGUACUGUGGGAAGGAGAGGUCGAUGAUGCUGUCGAAUUGCCUAUUUCGGUCUGGUGGCUGCGCCAUGCUUCUGACCAACGACAGGGGGAUGCGGCAUCGAGCCAUUCUGAAGCUCAAGUGCAUGGUGCGAACGCAUAUGGGGUCGGACCAGGAAGCCUACGAAUGUUGCAUGCAAGUUGAAGAUGAGCUUGGGUACCGAGGCUUUCGGCUCACCAAAGGCCUCAAGAAAGCAGCUGCCAAGGCUCUCACCAAGAACCUCAUGGUCUUGCUGCCCAAGGUGCUGCCAUUCUGGGACUUGAUUCGUUGUUGGUACAGAGGGAUUGCAUCAUCAGCAGGCCUGAAUUUGAACAAAGGGAUCCAGCACUUCUGCAUACACCCGGGAGGAAGGGCGGUGAUCGAGGGGGUGGGGAAAAGUUUGGGGCUGAGCGAACACGACAUCGAGCCGGCAAGAAUGGCGCUCCACCGCUUCGGCAACACGUCGGCCGGCGGCCUCUGGUAUGUUCUGGGAUACAUGGAGGCUAAGAAGAGGCUGAAGAAGGGCGACAAAAUUCUAAUGAUCAGCCUAGGUGCGGGGUUCAAAUGCAACAACUGCGUGUGGGAAGUGAUGAGGGAUUUGAAAGAUCCGAAUGUGUGGGAAGAUUGCAUCGACAGCUACCCACCCAAAAAACAACUCAACCCGUUCACGGAGAAGUAUGGAUGGAUCAACGACGAAAGCGUCAGCUUCGUUAGACACUACUUCUAAUUCAUCUUCCCAAUCCCAACUGGCCGGCGGCAACUGCUCACUGCUGCUUUUGCUUUCCUCAUCUGCGCCCAAGUUAUACAUACAUAUAUAUUCCAGACUAAGACUGGCUAGCUAGCUAGGAGCAUUCUAAGGGAAGGAAAUAAAACCAAUUUAUUUAUGCAUAUAUAUACAUACAUAAAAUAUCAAAUUUCUUAUUUUCCUUUUCGUUUCUAAAAAAUCUAAUAAUAAUAAUAAUAAUGUGUUUCCUUUCA